GCGCGGCUGUGCCAGACUUAGCCUUCCGGGCGCGCGUGACCCUCGCUCCCUCAGUCUCUGUUCUCCCCGCCGGCCUCUUUCCCGACCUGCGCCCGCGAUGUUGGCGCUGCGCUGCGGCCCCCGCCUGCUCGGCCUGCUCCCGCUCCCGCGCUCCGCGCCGCUUUGCCUUCCUGUGGCCCGCGCCUGCAGCGGCGGCAGCGGCGCCCGCAACCCGUCCCCUUCCCCCUCCGGGAAUCCGCUCGUGUACCUGGACGUUGGCGCCGACGGGCAGCCUCUCGGCCGCGUGGUGCUGGAGCUCAAGGCAGAUGUGGUCCCACAGACGGCUGAGAACUUCAGAGCCCUGUGCACCGGUGAGAAGGGAUUUGGCUACAAAGGUUCAACUUUCCACAGGGUGAUCCCCUCCUUCAUGUGCCAGGCAGGUGACUUCACCAACCACAACGGUACUGGAGGCAAGUCCAUCUAUGGAAGCCGCUUUCCUGAUGAGAACUUCACACUGAAGCACGUGGGCCCAGGUAUCCUGUCCAUGGCUAACGCAGGCCCCAACACCAACGGCUCCCAGUUCUUCAUCUGCACUGUAAAGACAGACUGGUUGGACGGCAAGCAUGUUGUGUUCGGCCAUGUCAAAGAGGGCAUGGAUGUCGUGAAGAAGAUAGAAUCUUUUGGCUCUAAGAGUGGGAAGACGUCCAAGAAGAUUGUCAUCACCGACUGUGGCCAAUUGAGCUAACUUGUGGUCAGGGUGCUAGGAUGGGGGCAGCUGCACGUGUGUGGACUCACCCAGGUGGCCAUCUUGGGUUCUUAGUAAGGGUGCCCUGAAGUGUUGUCUGUGCUCUCUUCUCUGUCACCGUGUGCUCAAGGAAGGGUGCUCAGGACCAUCCGGAAGGGACCCACUAGACUGCUUUUCACAUGUCCACUCUUCCUCACGACCCUGUCUCUGGGCAUCCACUGUGGACGCAGUGUCACCCACCCUUCCAGCAUUGCCAGUGAUCUCAGUUCAUCUGUGCCUUGGACAUUGUGGGUGGGGAUGAGUUAGCAUCCAGUGAAGGGUUUUGCCUUUUUCUGGACCAAGGGGGACAGCUGAGUUUCUGCAAAAGGGCUGUGGUACCUGUUUAAUGUCGUCUUCCUUAUUGGAGUAGGAUAAUUCACAAGAUUCCCUAGAAAUGAAGCUGUGAUGCUGACUAUACCCAGAACCCCAGGCUUUUGAAACACAACUCAGGGCUUUUGUGGCAUUUCCCACAGCCAGGCCUUCCCUUCUGGUUACUGUGAAUCUUGUUUGUUUGCUGAGGUUGUUUUUGAGGAGGGUUAGUAGGGGUAGAAGCAGUUGAACCCGGGAACAAA